CCAACAUGUCAGCGCCCUUGUGAAAUCUUAGGAAACAGAAGUCAUUCUCAUUUUGUCCUAUUUUUCCUGAUGUUAAUCAGCUAAUAACGCAAAAUGUCUGUAAUUGCAUUGCGUGUGCAACGUGUACCGUGCUGGCACAUGUCGAGCGAUAUCCGUAGGAAGGCUUGCAAUAUUUUACCUACUGCUAUACGAAAUUAUAUUGUUGGUAUAUGUCAAACGAACGACAAACGUCUACAACAAUUAAUGGGAUACUCGAAUACUGGUAUUAAUGAUCAAAUUGAAAGAACCAAGACAUCGGGUAGUAGUGGUGGCAACGACAACCAUCGAACUGUUUCCUGUUCAGGUGUUGCGGAUGCUGCAAAUAGUCUUGAUGGCUAUCCGAACAUUUCAUUUUCCUCCCAUAAAGCGAAGAAACUUGUAGGCGACUCGCUAAUGGUGAUCGACGAUUUCAUAACACCAGAAGAAGAAACAAGUUUUUUAGAUGAAGUAUUGCCAUACAUGAAACGACUACGUUAUGAGUAUGACCACUGGGAUAAUGCAAUACAUGGAUACAGAGAAACCGAACGCUCACAGUGGAAUGAUGUAAAUUGCGCUACAUUACAGCGACUGAGAGAUACCGCGCUUCCUCAUGGUGUUCCUCAACUGACCCUUGUUCAUGUGUUGGAUCUUGCAAAAAAUGGUUACAUAAAGCCCCAUGUUGACAGUGUACGGUUCUGUGGCAGCACGAUAGCUGGAUUGAGUCUGAUGUCCAAUUCCAUAAUGAGAUUUAUCCAUGAAGAAGACAAAGAAAUAGUUGUUGAUGCAUUACUAAAAAGACGAUCAUUAUAUAUAAUGAGGGGUGUUAUACGAUAUCACUUCACACACGAGCUUCUGGAUGAUAAAGAAUCACUUUUUAGAAGCAUCCAUGUUCCCAGAGACAGGAGAAUGUCUAUCAUAUGUAGGGUAAAUACAGAUGAUAAUGAUUGUGGUACCAGUGGGGUACAUUAAAAGGGCAUUAUUUGCAUCCAACUAUAUUAGAGGCAUCUUUGCUUCAUGUCAGCUUUGUGUAGCCUCAUGGUCAGCACACACAAUAUAGGGUACCUAUCAUGCAUGCAGCUUUCUUAAUGAUUGAAAUUGUUUGUAAUAAACUUAAUGUUUCUGAAGCUUGAUUAGGUAUGCAGAAUUCUCUCUAGUCAUACCAACAGAGUAUAACUUGCUGUAAUUUCAAUAUCGAUUAUAUGCAAUAACUUUGUAUGCCUUUCACAUAUGUAAAAUGCUAUAUUGGCUUCGAGAUAGCUAAUAACUAAAUAGAUAAGUUUUGAUGGAGUUACUGUAAUUUAUUUAGAGGUGCUUCAAAUUAGGAGCUGCUUAGUGUUAAGGUUUAGUCAGUCUUGUAUUAUGUCAGCUAUAACUAUUUUAGCUGAGAACUCUGGAAAUAUGUUCAUGUACGUUAUUCGGUUGGUUAUGACCAAAAUUCUGUACUAUCAGUACAAUUCCAACUUUUCCCAAACAAGACAAUUGCUAAGAAAAUCAAUUGCAUUUAACAGAGUGCAUGCUCAGCUAGUUUGAUAUUACAUCCACGGUAUCUAUAUUCAGAUAUCUAUCCACGGUUUGUGUGAAUUUUUAAUACAAGUAUGCAGAUUUUUGUAAUAUAAAAAAGAUACCUUUAUUCAUUACUGAAAUGAAUAAAAAUUAUAAUAUUUGAAAA